AUGAAGCCCGCUGCAGGGUCUCAAGUGGCUCAAUUUCUUAGCAGUAUCGAGUCCGGAGAUCUAGGUUGCUUGAACAUUAAUUUGAAUCAAAAUGGACGCUUGGUUGCUGAGCUACAAGCGGAACUGCUGAACGGGUUGAGUGACAAGGACAUAGAGGCUUUCGUUGAGAACAGGAGGUUUGAGGGAGGAAAAUGGACUCGGUUUAAUAUGCUGAUAGUGAGUUUUAUGCGAUAUUGCAAAGAUGUUAACCCCUGGUCGCUCUGGGAAAGUUCCGAUCUCAUUUUCAAUUACUACCAGGAUCUGACCAAUUGCAUACUUAACGAUAAUUUCCCGGUAGAUCCACUGGUUACAAUUUUCCAGAGCACCACUGAAUAUGUCAUACCGCUGGCCCGGGAGCUAGAUUCGAAAUACCGCGAAAUAGACACGCGGGAACAUCAGUUUCUGACACACAUCUCGUCUGUCGUCACCAAACUAUUCAACAGCAUCAAACCUCGCUACGAAAAACCUACAGUGCGUUUUGAGGAGCUGCCUCAGAAACAGCAGAUUCUGCUAUACACUGCAAAUAAACUGAACAAUAUUUACAUGCAGAUUGGUUCCCCGGCAUCGUGUGCCAAUAUUUUCAAAAACGUCAAACCAAAAUCCGCGAUUGAAAGCUUCUCACAGUAUCCAGUGCACGAGCAGAUCGAGUACCGGUAUUUACUUGGCCGGUACUAUAUGCUAAACCACCGUGUCUCCAAUGCGUUCCAUCAGCUCAAUAGUGCCUAUAGUCUGCUGGUGAAGUAUACUGCCAACACCGCUGCAGAUCCCUCAGUUCAAAGAAACAAGCAGAGAAUCUUGAGAUUCUUGUUGCCAGUGGGUAUCUUAUUCGGCAAAACGCCUAUGAAUUUGGAACACCAGUUUUUGCACGGUAGCGGAAGCGAGAGCACUCAUAAAUACCUGGAGUUGUCACAUAUCGUUAAAAGCGGAUGCUUGCGUCGUUUUCACGUCUGGAUGGCCCAGCACGAAGACGAGUUGCGCAGACAAAAACUUUUACUUCUGCUUCUUGAGAAAUGCCCUCUUCUGAUAUAUCGCAGUCUUUUCCGCCGUGUCAUCGUCGACUUCUGUUUCUCGAACGACAGCAACAAGAUAUCCUAUGCGUUCCUUGAGAUUGCACUGCGGAUUUCGCUGGGCUCCCCGCAAGGUUUGAAGCCGAUAUACACCAUGGUACAUGUCCCGGAGAAUGUCCCAAACGCCCUCGAAUCUCUUGUCAACAUUGGUCUGAUGAAGGCCAAUUGUUUUCCUCUCAGCAAACAGUGCGUAUUUCCCAAAGCCAAAAAAAUUGAUUUUAUUUUUCCAUCGGUGAACGAAAAGCUUGUGGCUUUUUUCCCAUUCAACGGAGAUGAUGUCUGGCUUGAUAACUGA